UCCGUAUCCAACAUGGUUGUCAUGGAGAUCGACCUCCAAACAGGAUACUCGGCAGAUGAGGACGACUUGAGAGGUCUCGUCGCUCAGCAAAUCAUCAAGCGUUACGAGGAGAAAGAUGAGAUGGUCUUCCUUUACCUUGAAUCGGUCGGUGGCUCCGAAGUCUGUGGCUCCUUCCACGUCCUGAAGGGCUUCGAAGUCCAAGAUCUUCUGCCCGGCACCGUCACCCUCUACGAUUAUUACACACCUGAAUUCAGGCUGACUCAGUCAUUUGAAAUUGAAGACACAUGUGAGUCAGCGUGAAGUGUGUGCUUGGCUCCUUUUGGUAACGAUGGAUGGGAAAUGACUGCACUGCAAUAUGUACAAAACGUUGAAAAAAACAAAAAAUAAUUUAAGUUAAUGGUCUUAGAGACGCAUCGCAUUUCAGACAAAAAUGUUAAAUGUUUUUAUUGGUCAUUAUUUCUGAUUUUAUCGGACACGAACCCUUUCUCAUUUGAUUUCUGAAGGUACAUCAAUAACAUGGCGACCAUUUCCUUGUUUUACGGAAAAUAUCCCUGAAAAAUUUAAAAAAUGAACAGCUUGUUUAAAAGAAAAAAUUCACUUUGACAGAAAUAUCAAACUGUUCUGUGCACCUGGUAUGACACUUUUGCCUUUCGUUUAUCAGUCUUCUCCUUUCACCUACCUUCCGAACUGCUUUUAUCAUCAUUCACCUCUGCAUUUCAUAUAUUCGAACGGUCACCACUAAUUUGCAUCAUCCAUGUUCCUGGAUGAAAUCAAUUCUUUCCAUUGUCUCGUCUGAUCUGCCAUCAAACUCUUUGGUUUGGUUCAAUAAUAAAACAAUAUUUUGAGUGUUUGGUUGGCUUUAAUGGUGGAGGGGGUACAGAGUGCUUUUAAUCCUUAUUAAUAUUAUUUAUCAUUAUUAUUAUUAUUAUUAUUAUUAUUAUUAUUAUUAUUAUUAUUAUUAUUAUUAUUCAGUACUAGAUUAAACCUAUCCAUAUCUAACAAGCCCACCAAAGGGCCACUGCCUUGAUAUUCAAGCUUCCAAAGAAUAUUAAGGUGUUCAUUUGGAAUAAGUAAGAGGAAGUAAAGUGAAACACAGAAAGAAGAGAUCCCACUUAUUAAAAGAAAAUUAAUUGAUAAAUAGAUAAAUAAAUAAAAAUGCAUUAAAAUGCAAGAGGAAUAGUAUUGGGGUAGUAAUGCUUUGCAUUUUCGCUUGAACUUCUGAAGUUGUAAUAAACCAACCUAUUACAAUAGUUAUUUGAAAAGGAUUCCAAGAUCAUGGAUCCUGAAUAAGUAUCAAACUUUAGUAACAAUUACGACUUUGUUGAUUAUUCUAUCAAA